AAGAAGGCUGUUAGAAGGCCAUACAUCUCAAAGUAGAACGGACAACGCAGUUUCCGGUUUUCGCUGGCUGAUGAGUUUUUCAGCUUCUCUCUUGAUUUUGCUGAUGUCAUGAGUUGUCGAGGGUUAUUCUUCAGUGAAAGAAAUUAAACUACACAGGCGAUAUAAAUGUUUCUACGAGAAGUUUGUGCACAGCUACUGAGUUUUACUUUUGGGAUCGGUUCAGCCCUGCCAGCUACAGCUGCAGCUACGUCAGCCAACCCUCUUGCCUUCACCACAGCCACAGCUGCAGCUACUCCAGCUAAACCUACUUUCGCCACAUUAGGGAGCAACUCUUGUUUUUCACUUCCAGUUGUGCCGAAGGUGGAAUCCACUGAAACGGGUCUUGGAGACUUGAAAUCUAGAUUUGCAGCUUCUCCAGCCCAUAGUGCUAAUGCCAAGGCAGAGGACACUAAAGGUGCUUUCAACAGUGUCAGUUCAACAGGUGCAAGGAGUAAGAAGGCUUUUACUUUCACAGCAGUUCAUCCAAAGUUGGACUCUCCAUGGAGAGAUGUGGAGUGGACAGAAGAGCGAAAGAUGAGUCUGAUGAAGAGUGUCGGCUCCUACAGACCGAGCUGUGAGUAUGUGACUCAGGCCCGGAUUCUCCUCCUGGGGCCAGUCGGUUCUGGAAAGUCCAGCUUCAUCAGUUCAGUCCAGUCUGUGUUUAAUGGAAGAGUCACCAACCGAGCCAUGGUGGGCUCCUCUUCAACCAGCUUCACCAAGAAGCUGCAGUCCUUCAACAUCCGUGGUCAGAAGGGAGAAGAUCCUACUGGGCUGGUGUUGUGUGAUAUUAUGGGCCUGGGAGAUGGAGAAAUGACUGGACUGACCCUCCAUGACAUCCUGUCCGUUAUUAAAGGCCAUGUUCCUGAGGGACACAAAUUUAGCUCAGAUCAGCCAGUGAGGUCAGAGACCAUAGGCUAUGUGAAGAGGCCAAACUUUAAAGACAAAAUCCAUUGUGUGGCCUUUGUGGUGGAUGCCACUGAAAUCCUGACCUACCCCAAAGGCCUCAGCACCACCUUCCAGCAGCUCCGAGAACACAUCAGUGACCUGGGUGUUCACCAGGUGGCGCUGCUGACUCACAUUGACCAGAUUUGUCCAGAAACAGCCAAAGACGUCACCCAGGUUUAUAAGAGCGGCAUCAUUCAGGAGAUGAUGAGUAAAGCUGGAGCUCUGCUAGGUAUGUCCACCUCCUACAUGGUCCCUGUGAAGAACUACUCGUCAGAGGUGGACCUGAAUAUGAACACCGACAUACUGCUUCUCAGUGCUGUCGACCACAUCCUGCAGUAUGUUGACCUGUAUUUCCAGGACAACACACCACAAUACACAGGUCCAAAGAUAGACCAUAGCCUACUCCUGAGAGUGAACUGCCAGCCUGACACACCCACACCACACUACAAGCUGCCCUCAGUGACUGUGGAACGUGGGCGCCAGUCCUCUUCUAUCUCAAGGAGAAGGAGAUCAACAGUUUAUUCAGUGUCUUUUACACAGCCAGCAGACCGACUGUCCACUAUGAACUCCAAGCUAACCAGAAGCCAGCACAAAACCAUCUGCUCCCAGCUGGGAAGAGUCAAACUACAGCUGCUGUACAAAGCCAGCACCCAUGGUUUCACCGGGGCAGCCUUCCACCAACGAUGUGACAACCACUCUCCUACAGUGUCUGUGGGAUACAACGCCUCUGGUUUUGUGUUUGGAGGCUAUACUAAGCAACCUUUCAGUCUGUCUGGUCAGUAUGCGCAUGAUGACCGGGCCUUCCUUUUCACCUUCAGUGGAGAAAAACUCAUUAAGUAUCCAGUCGCUACUCCUGGAAAUGCAGUGAGAAUGAUUGCAAAUGCUGGUCCAUAUUUUGGAGAAGCACUGGUUCUUGUCAAUGGAAGCAAAGCAGUGGUGCAUAGCAAUCCAGGACAAUACUACAACUUCCCUCCUGCAGAAAUGCAUGGCAAUAACCUGAACCUGACUGAGUGUGAAGUCUAUGAAGUUGAAGAAACCACAGAACUUGAGAAACCAUGGAGGACAGUAAUCUGGGAACCUGAGAAGAGGCAUGAGCUGAUAGAGAGUAUUAAGGCAUACAAGCCCACAGUCGACUCUGUGUCCCAGGCUCGAAUCCUGCUCAUUGGAUCAGUUGGAGCUGGAAAGUCUAGUUUCUUUAAUUCCAUCAACUCUGUGUUCAGAGGCCACGUCACCGGCCAGGCCAUGGCUGGUAGCUCCACCACCAGCCUCACCACGCAGGUUAGUCCUCUGAGGGCUGGAAGCACACGGGCGGGGCUUAAUAUAGAUGACAUCAGCGGUAUCCUUAAAGGUCACCUGCCAGACCGUUAUCAGUUCAACCCCUCUGCUCCUCUGCAUUCGGACACCCACGGCUACCGUAAGUCUUCGAGGCCUAAGGACAAGAUCCACUGUGUGGUCUAUGUCAUUGAUGCCUGCAAGAUCUCCAUCAUGCCCACAAAGCUGGGGGAAAAGCUGGAAGCUAUCCGCAGAAAAAUCAACUUAAUGGGGAUUCCUCAGCUGGUCCUGCUCACUAAAGUUGACGAAGCUUGCCCUCUGGUGGCAGACGAUGUGAGAAACGUUUACAAGAGUGUCUACAUUAAGGACAUGAUGCAGGAGGCCGGUGCUCGGCUUGGUGUGCCAUUGUCCUGUGUUGUCCCAGUGAGGAACUACAGUGAGGAGCUGGAGUUGGACCUGAACUGCGACAUCCUGCUGCUCAGCGCCAUCAUCCAGAUGCUUCGUUUUGCUGAUAAUUACUUCGAUGAGAUCAGUGACCAGUUCAGCAGCCUUAAAACCAAAGAGUAGAGGGUACUGUGUAGCCGGUAUAAUAACCUGAGCAACUAUAAAGAAACGUCCCUUACACUGAUCCAUCUAUAUACUAACAGGUCAUCCUGAGUUAGCAGGGAAGCUCAGAAUUCUUCUCUGAAACCCGGUGCACCUCUUCCUCUGAAAGUCUGAAUACAUUGACUCAUUUAUUUGGAUAUUUCAUCACAAGUUAACAUUUAUCUUCACUCCAUUAUCACAUUAUUAACCUUUGCAUCAUCAUAUUUUUGUUCAGCUUCAGUUACAAAGGCCAUUUAUCAGAACUAAUCUGCACUACCUUCUUAAAUCUUAUUUAGGUGGCCAGAGAAGAAUGAUAAUAUUUGAACCUGAAUCGCACCAAAUGAUAGCUCCAGUCUGGAAAUGGGAGUCUUAGUCCUCUAAAAAAGAGAGCUGUGCACAUUUACCUUUGCCCUGGUAUCAUCAUCUACAGUAUUCUUUCAUAUAGUGUUGAUGUUGCAUUAAUGUUGCAAAUAUUUUCAUCUAGGACUGAGUUUUGACAAAUUUGGUAAAGUAUUUACACAAAACAUUUCAUUUGUGAUUUUGCAUUUAUCCAAAGUGUUUGUGACAUUUUGGUCUUAAGUUAUUCCAGACCAUGUUUUCACCCAUGUGUUUUUUCCUACCAGGAAAACAAUUUUCUCAGAUCUUUGUAUUGGAAGAGAAAAUUGCAAUUAUUGUUAUGUUGUGUGUCCUUUGAGUUUUCAAUGAAAAUAAAGUUCUUGUUAUUGGCCAGAGUCUGUGGAGAAUUAUUAGAAACUUAAAACUAUUUGAACCCAUUUUUAAGUGGGGGUGGGCUUAGUGCCCAUUGGCCACCUCGGUGACAUUUGACUGACAAGCGGCCUUGCGUCACUUCAAACCGGAAGCAACCCCGAAAGAAAAACAAAUUUGCCGUGUGUGCCAGGCGAGCAACAUUCAGUGGGGAAAAUAAAUAGAAUAAAUGAAUGUAUUAACGCUAUUAGCGUUUGUAUCUGGUUUGGCACCAUGAAGAUAAAUGAGAACACUACUGGAGGGACACAAAGUUGUGUUGGUUCCUUACAAUGCAAACCACGUGCCCAGGUAUCACGAAUGGAUGAAGUGUCCUGAGUUGCAGCAUCUGAGCGCCUCAGAGCCACUGACCCUGGAACAGGAGUACGACAUGCAGGGUAGCUGGAGGGAAGAUGAUGACAUGCACAUUCAUCAUCUUGGAUAAGCAGCAAUGGGCAGAUCCCAGUAUAGAAGAGGAACAGUGCACAGUGGGAGAUGUCAACAUGUUCCUGACUGAGCCAACAGACCUCUCCUUGGCUGAGCUGGAGAUCACGAUAGCAGGUGAUGCCCAGUGUGUUUAUCUUAAAAGUGAGUCAAAAUCAAAGGCUGAACAAAUAUCUACAGUCAGCCUGAGUGGUGGUUUGUACAUCUGUCAUUUCCUCUGUACAUCUCUUUAUGUCUGGACACUGUAUUCACCUUGUUUUCUACAGAGCCCAUUUACAGAGGCAUGUGCACUGGGAAGGAGGUGACACACAUGAUCUAAUUCGGGGGGUGGGG